CUCUCCGUGGGUUGUCGCUGGCUUCAUGGCUGCAACUAGUUAAUUCUCAACUGAUGGAUGAUAGUUCUCAGCAGAGCAAACGCUCAUAAAGGACGUUUGGAAAGAGAGCAAUUUCACAAGAUCUACAUGCACACAGUUCUCCUAACGAGCAGAGACAUGUAAGGCACAUCCUCUUUAUUGUGUCCAUCUAUGCCUUUGUCUAAUGGCUCAGCCUCCUCUUCUUCACCAAUGACCAGUACGUCUACUUUGACACGAUAAGGGACUGCUAUGAGGGCUGCAUAUAAAGGCUCUGUUCCCAUAUAUGGACAGUAUGGUCGAUCGGCCCCCAUGAAAAGCAUUUCAGGUAGCCUGAAAGAGACUAUGAAACAUGGGGACAUAGUGCAGGACGCCAUCCACAACUUUUCUCUUCAGCCUAUCAGCAAUAUACCCAGCAGUCGACCCUGGAACAGAGGACCACCACUCAGACAGCCACAGCUCUGUCAAUGCCUGGGACAACGAGAAAACCCUCCUGAUCAAUUCUGAUGAUGAGUUUUCGGUCAUUUAACCCUUUUGUAGACUGCUUUAACAUACACAUAAGUACUCUUAGGUCUCUAGGACAGGGUCUAUGCUGCUGUGGCAUAUACUGGUAGUUUAAGUACAGCUGAUUUAUCUUGGGGACAGAACAUUAUAGAACCAUAGGACAACUAGUGUUCAAGGAUUUCCAUGUUGGAAGCUGUCAAGAGUGAAAUUGUUAAAAUUAUUGCUGUUUACUGUUGUAUUUGUUAUGAAACAACAAAGACUUUAGUGAAAGCCUUUUGGUAUGCUCUGCCUUGGAGGUUUAUUUUAAGGAUUUUUAACCCGAUUAGACUUUUUAAGUAAUAAAUUAGCAGUAUUUAGACAGCUUAAUAAAUGGCAAUUGCAUUUCAUGCAUUUAUACUUAAACUUUGCUGGUUACAUCUACUUAUAGAAAGAAUUCAGAAUCCCUGUAUAUAGCCUAUAUGUGAGGACUGUAAAAUAUUACAAAUAAGUGAUAUAACAGCAAAAGUUCAGUCAGCAAUGCUAAUGUUGCUAACCAUCAAUGAUAUAAGGUAAUACCCAUCAAUUGGUAUUAUUCUGAUGACAUUAUGCUACUUGGUGAAUACGAGUUUCCAUUCAUUGUUAACUAUGUUUAGCAUACAACCCCAUUUCCAAAGAAGUUGGGAUGCUGUGCAAUAUGUAAAUAGAAACAAAAUGCAAUGAUGUGUAAAUCAUUUAAACCCUGUAUUUACUUAAAAAUAUAGUACUAAGACAACAUAUCAAACGUGGAAACUGAGAAAUUUAAUUGUUUUUUGAAAAAUAUGUGCGCAAUUAGAAUUUAUGCCAACAACACGUUCCAAAAAGUUGUGACGGGGGCAACAAAAGGCUGGUAAGGUCGUGUAAUGCUAAAAAACACCUGGUGGUUGAUUGGCAACAGUUCAGUAACAUGGUAUGGAUAUAAAAAAAGGAUCCCAGAGAGGUUGAGUCUUUUAGAAGUAAAGAUGAGGAGGGGUUCACCACUCUGUGAAAGGCUGCAUGUUCAAAUAGCGCAACAAUUCAAGAAUAACAUUUCUCAACCUAAAAUAGCAAAGAACUUUUGCUUUUCA